GUCAGGAGGAAGAGAGUUUCCAGGUCCGGAGGCACCUGCUGCUUUUGUGGGCAAUUAAUCCAUGCUGCAACAGUGGAGCAACCUGUCGUAGAGUAACUGCUCUUGACAAAUAAACACAGUACUUCUGCUCCAGAACUGUUCAACAGACUCUGCUGGUGGAAAUAUGGAGAACAAAACUGUAGUAAAGGAUAAGUUUUUCAUCGUGAUACGCGGGAAGUCGAGGAAAGGCUCUUUCUGCAGGGGAAGUAUCGGCCGUGUGGAGGCGGAGGUGCAGCGGGGAGAGCUGUUGGGGCUGCUGUACUCCGGCGGCGGCAGCAGCGCAGUGAGUCCCAAGAGCGGAGGCAUCGUGAGGAGGGAGGACACAUACCCUCUGACCCGACACCAGGCCCAGCUCCUGCUCUUCAUCUCCCCUGCAAGCAAACGCCUGGACCUGCUGUGUAACCCCCAGCUGUUCUCCGCCAUCUGUGCGCUGUCUCAGGGUGACCUGGUGGUGGUGAAGCACAAGAAGGGACACCUGCCAGCGCUGGUGAAGAACCUGAUGCAGAUCGGGAGGAAGGAGGGCAAAGAUGACCUGCACAUGCUCGGCUUUGAGGUGGAGUCUGUGGACAGUGAUAACAACUUUUCAUCCAAGAAACCUUCACCUCUGCCUCUGUUCAGUGCCGCAGACAUCGUCCAGGUGGUCCCAUCUUACUCUGUUCCCCUCGGACUACACUGGAAAGACGGCCAAUGUGGGGGUCUAAACAAAAAAGCGGUGACGCGCAUCAACUCAAUGCCGAAUAUAGGAUCUCAUACACGGCCAUUGAGAGAGAGCCAUAUGGAGCAGAGCAGAGCCAUACAGAGCCAAAUUCCAAACACAUCACACGUGCAUUUGGAGGUGGGAUCCUUGGUGGAAGUGGUGUCCAACUCAGGGAUCACAGUGUACGGGGUCAUCCAGUGGUUGGGGGUCCCUGAGGGAAAGACUAAUGAGUGGGCUGGGAUUGAAUUGGACUAUGAGGUGAACGGCUGCUCUGAUGGGAAGUAUGGAGGCCAGAGCUAUUUCACCUGCAAAGGGAACAGGGCUUUGUUUGUUCCCGUCACAAAGUGCAGCCCUGACAGCAGGUUCCUCUGCAACUCCACAGGAAUGGAGACCCCCAAACCUAACGACACACCUCCAGUUCCUCCAUUUGAGGACCUGGAGGAGGAUGCGCCCCCUGUUCCUGAAUCAGAGGCCUUGUCUUUGCUAGUGGGGAGAAUGAAGGGAAUUCAGGGUCACAUCAACUCCUGCUAUCUUGAUGCCACACUCUUCAGUUUGUUCAGCUCAUCUGUGACCCUGGAUAAUAUCUGCCAGAAGCCUGCUGACACAGAGCAACCCAUAGCCUGCUCUCUUAGGAAAAUAGUCAACCGUUUGCGCAGACAAGGGUUCGUGCCUGCUGAGAGUGUGAUGAAUUUCCGUAAAGAGCUUGGCUGUGACACUUUCCGAACAGAGGAAAAAGACCCAGAAGAGUUCAUCACAGUCCUCUUUCAGAAAGUGCUCUGCAUGGAGCCACUGCUCAAGCUCAGAUCAAGACAAGAAGAAUCUCAGGGUGCCUACACCUUCCAGAUCUUUCUAGAGAAAGAACAAAUGGGAAAGAUGCCCACUGUCCAACAGCUGCUGGACACAUCCUGCCUGUCCGGUGACCUCAAGUUUGAAGAGAUGCCGUCCUGUCUAAUGGUUCAGAUGCCAAGGUUUGGAAACAAGUAUAAGAUGUUUUCUCACAUCAUUCCCUCCACUGAGCUGGACAUCACAGAUCUCCUGUACAACUCUCCAAGGGAAUGUUUUAUCUGCGGGCAUUUGGCAGAGUACGAGUGUCUUCAGUGUCUACCAGAUCGCAAACUCCAACCAGGGAGAAUAAAACAGUACUGCUCUACAUGCAAAACUCAGGUGCACACCCAUCCCUCGCGACAGGGUCACUCCCCCAAGGCUCUAUCAGUGCCAGCAGGUGUAGCCUCUGACAGUCCCGUGCCCAGGCACAUGAUGCAGCUGUUUGCUGUGCUCUGCAUUCAAACCAGCCACUAUGUGUCCUUUGUCAAAUACAGCCCUGACCCUCACUCCUGGCUCUUCUUUGACAGCAUGGCAGACAGAUGUGGUGAUGAUCAGCAUGGCUACAACAUUCCAGAGAUCCGGGCUUGUCCGGAGCUUGGUGACUUCCUCUCACAGCCGGAGGAGGAGCUGACCUGCUCCAACCCUUCCCAGCCUCCUGAACUACUGCGCAGAUUGCUGUGUGACUCCUACAUGUUUUUCUACCAAAACCCAGCCACGCCACUUUCAUAGCCAAACCAUCAGGAGUCAGAAACGAAUGUGAGGAUGAGGACACAAUGUUCCCAUAACAGUGUCUUUAUAACCUUGCAUCUCUGCUCACUCAGCAAGAUUUUGUGUUGGUUAUUACAUCCAAACAGCAGGAACUGAAAUGGAUGCAUUUAACUUUACAGGGAUAAAACAUUAUUAUUAUUAUUAUUAUUAUUAUAAAUGUGUUGUUCAGACAUUUGACUGUAAAUGAUGGAAGUCAGAGUUGAUGUGGUUAUGUAUGAGAAAAAGACUGAGCAGUAAACAUAUUAGCCUUCACUCUGAACAACUCAUCAUCACCAUCAUUAUCUCGUAGAUAUAUUGCUGUUGUUACAUUGUGAUUAUUUAUACCAAGAUUUCUAAAUGACUUUAUUCUAGUGUUUUUUUCAUCUGUUAUUUGAUAAGCUAAAAUCCACUCCAGCACUCGGUGACAUGUUUGUAUGGUGUUGCAUAAUUUUAACACUGGAUUGUGACCUACAACAGUCACUGAAGCCUCCCACGUCGUAUAAACCACAUGCUGUUCUUGUUGCUGUUGAUGAGCUGUCCUUUUAAAAAAACAGAAAGCUGGAAAGUACAUGUGUGGUUGUAUUGUAUGUACUGUAAAUAGCUGCACGAUGUGCAGUUUUCACAAGGGCAUAUUACCAGAUCUGUAAUAUAUUAUUUUAAUUUAUCAAUAAAAUGUUAAAAUUGCAGUUGGAAA